UAAACUUGUUAACGGCCAUGUGCCAACAAAGCGCAAAAUGAACAAACCACCCACUUUGUCCCAUUCACCAAUAGUAAAAAUCCUUUGUCCCAUCUUCUCCAGGAAUCCUGAAGUGGAAUCACAACCCAAUUCCAAUUGAAUUCAGCCUACAAAACCCAGCAAAACAAGCUCCAUAUAUCACCACCUCUCCCACCACAGCUUUCCCUACCAAAUACAAAAAAUGCGCUUUUCCCACUCACUUUCCAUACCUGAGCUUGGAUUCUCUCCUUCCAUGGAGAUUUAUCAGUUUCCCAGUCGCCACUGCAUCACCAAGUUAAGUUCUUCAAAACCCAGAGUUCAAAAUGACAGUUUUCAGCAGCAUGGCUCUCAGGGAAAUGGCGUCAGCCUCUGCGGAGUCCAAUUGGGGUCUCAGAGUUCUCAAGCUUUUGGCCAUGGAUGUAAUUUGCAGUUGGGUAGAGUCGGACCCAGAAGCCGAAAACUCAAUGUUCUCUCCUUUGGGCAUGGUAGAAGCUCACUUACUAAUGAUUGCAAGCUCAGUGGAUUGGAUUUAGGGUUUUGCAGAAGCAAAUUGUUUCAAGGGAGUCAUUUGGGGGGUUCAGAUUUUAGUAGGCACAUGCAUGGGAGAGUGGAAUUGGAGUUGGAGGAGGCGAAUUCGAGGAAUUUUAGUUUCGUUGUGAGGUCUAGUUCGACAUUGGGUGUGGAGAAAGAGGUGGAAAGGGAGGAAGGUGGCGCUAAGAAAAAUUAUGAUGCCAUUGUUAUAGGGUCAGGAAUUGGAGGGUUGGUUGCAGCAACACAAUUGGCUGUGAAGGGUGCAAAGGUUUUGGUUUUGGAGAAGUAUGUGAUCCCUGGUGGGAGCUCUGGGUAUUAUGAGAGGGAUGGUUAUACUUUUGAUGUUGGAUCUUCUGUGAUGUUCGGGUUCAGCGAUAAGGGCAAUCUAAAUUUGAUAACCCAAGCACUGGCAGCUGUAGGUUGUGAGAUGCCGGUGAUACCUGAUCCGACUACUGUCCAUUACCAUCUACCUGAUAAUCUUUCUGUCGUAGUGCACAGAGAAUACAGUGAAUUUGUUUCAGAACUUACUAAUAAAUUUCCCCAUGAAAAGCAAGGGAUUCUCAAAUUCUAUGGUGUAUGUUGGAAGAUUUUCAAUGCCUUGAACUCAUUGGAACUGAAGUCACUUGAGGAGCCAAUCUACCUUUUUGGACAGUUCUUUCAAAAGCCUGUUGAAUGCUUGACACUUGCCUACUAUUUGCCUCAAAAUGCGGGGGAUAUAGCUCGCAAAUACAUUCAGGACCCCCAGCUGUUGUCUUUCAUAGAUGCGGAGUGUUUUAUUGUGAGUACAGUCAAGGCUUUGCAAACACCAAUGAUCAAUGCAAGCAUGGUUAUGUGUGAUAGGCAUUAUGGUGGGAUUAACUACCCUGUUGGUGGUGUUGGUGGAAUUGCAAAGUCCUUAGCAAAGGGUCUGGUAGACCAGGGCAGUGAGAUACUUUACAAGGCCAAUGUUACUAACAUCAUAGUUGAUCAGGGCAGAGCGGUUGGAGUAAGGCUUUCAGACGGGAGGGAAUUCUUUGCAAAAACCAUAAUAUCAAAUGCUACAAGAUGGAAUACCUUUGGAAAACUGAUAAAAGCAGACCAGGUCCCGAAACAAGAGGAAGAUUUUCAGAAAGUUUAUGUUAAGGCCCCAUCUUUUCUUUCCAUUCACAUGGGGGUGAAAGCUGAGGUUUUGCCACCAGAAACAGAUUGCCACCAUUUUGUGCUUGAGGAUGAUUGGACGAGGUUAGAAGAACCUUAUGGAAGUAUAUUUUUAAGCAUUCCAACUGUUCUUGAUUCAUCAUUGGCCCCAGAAGGACGCCAUAUUCUUCACAUAUUUACAACCUCUUCCAUAGAGGACUGGGAGGGACUGUCUCGAAAGGACUAUGAGGCAAAGAAGGAGCUUGUAGCAGAUGAAAUCAUUCACAGAUUAGAGAAUAAACUAUUUCCAGGGCUCAAAUCGUCCAUUGCUUUUAAGGAGGUGGGAACACCAAAGACACACAGGCGAUACCUGGCUCGUGACAAGGGUACUUACGGACCAAUACCGCGUAAUACUCCUAAGGGAUUAUUGGGAAUGCCGUUCAAUACAACCGCCAUAGAUGGUCUUUACUGUGUUGGUGAUAGCUGCUUUCCGGGACAAGGAGUUAUAGCCGUAUCCUUCUCAGGAGUAAUGUGUGCUCAUCGAGUAGCCGCUGAUAUUGGGCUUGAGAAGAAGUCCCCAGUAUUGGAUGCUGCCCUCCUUCGACUACUCGGAUGGUUAAGGACAUUAGCGUGAGGACUUCAUACAGGACAAUAUGUAAUGCAGCUUGGCAUUUUGGCUGCAGAUGCAUUAUCUUCUUUAUCACAUACCACGGUAGCUCUAACAGCAGUUGGGAUAUAUAUCAUCCAUACUAUUUAGCAGCGAUUUUCGAUGGGAUAAUAUAAGAUCAUUGUGGUCAUUUGGCUGGAAUGGCGGGUAGAUAUCUUGCUUGUAAGUAGCAUUCUUGUGUAGCAGGUAGACGCGUAUGUACGCGGUAUCUGUCAUAUAGUUUAUACAUGAGCUAUAGAGAAACUGUACAGUGGUCUCCGUGCUGUAUGAAGUAUAAUCCUUUCCUGCCAAGUCUGUUAGCUGAUAAAUUUUACGACUUCUUAGAA